ACCCUCGUCAACAAUGCAGAGAAACCACGUAGAAAAAUACGCCAUCCUGCUAUCGGCCACACACAUAGGAAAUGGCUAAAGGAGGGUGUCACUCUCUCAUACACGAUACCUCGAGGAAAAUACUCAUUUUCGAAGCAAUUAUUAGUCAACAGUUACGAAGGAUGGUGAAUCUUAAAGCUCAUUAGUGACAAAUGUAUACGGUGAAUCAACUCCACGUGAUAUACGGGUGAGGACUAUUCGUUAUUGGAGCCGGUCGGUCCGGUGCGGAAGAGUUCCUCACGCAGAGUUGUACGUGCUUCUCCAAAGAAGUGUCCUAUUCGUAUACCAAUUCAAGGCUUUUCCUCCCAAGAAAUUAAAACGUCUGAUUGCUUCUGUCUGUGUGAUGGUCAAUGAGAAAAGGGCGCUGUAUACUCAAAAGGAAUAAUGGUGGCAGGAGUGGGAUGCAGGACAAGAUGGCGCCUGCUUUCGCUGGUUCUUGUGAUGAAUAUUCACCUUCAUUCUUUGUGUGUGUCCGCCAGCAGUUACCGCUUGAAUCGCAAUGGACGAAAUGUCUGCUCCACGACCAGACGAAUGCAAGAGUUCAAGUUAUUACCGGAAAUGCUGCAUUCAGCAUACCAGGGCCAAUCAAUGAAUGGAAACGAUUCAGGCGAUGAAGAUGAAAUUUUAAGAGGAGGAGGAGGAGGUGGUGGUGGUGGUGGAGCAGGAGGAAAAGGAGUGGUCGAAGGGACAGAUAAGGUCCCCACAAGAAAUUCUCCAUUGGUGAUUGGAAGACAAUCAGCACGUCUUAUCAACCAGACGGUGUAUCAUUGCUGUAAGGGUUGGCGGGCAAACGGGAGAGAAUGCCCCAUAGCUGUUUGCAUUCAGGGGUGUCUACAUGGAGACUGUUCGGCACCGGAAAUGUGUUCCUGCAAACCAGGCUAUAUGGGAAUGCGUUGCGACAUCCCCUGCCCACCCGGACGAUACGGUUCAUUCUGUGAGCAGCAAUGUAACUGUGGUCAAAGACAGUGCGAUUCCGCCACGGGUAGAUGUACCCCUUCAUGUCCCAUGGGUUAUAUGGGUCCAAACUGUGUGAUGCCUUGCCCUCCGGGUCGUUUCGGAUCCGACUGCAUUGGUUUCUGCCAGUGUCCAUUCUCGGGGCUCAGCGAGAUCUUGUGUGAUCCGAUGACCGGAAACUGUACUGAACCGACCCUCUCCCCGCCCACUCGGAGGGUCUACGAUUCUACGAUGUUGGAAAGCUCAGCAGAUGCGUUUCAUGAGUUCUUCCAGUAUGACACAGAGAGUCCAUCGGUAAUAAGCCCUGGGCGGAAACACCCCUCAAAACUCAGGGCAAUGCGUCUUGGUAUAUCCGGCGCUGCAGGGGUUCUUCUGAUGAUCAUAUCCUUGAUACUCGCCCUCUACGUUCACAGGAAGUUCCGAUUUCGGCCGUGUUAUUGUCUGCAGAGGAGAAAAGUAAGAGCAGCGAUAGCAAAACAGCUGAGAGAAACAGAAACAAAUGAAGGAAGGGGUGAUCGAUUACACCAGGUGGCACCAACUCCGAGGGCGCACUUACCAAAUCCUCAUUUACCGCAUGCUUUGCCUUACCGUUUACCUAGUCUCUGCAACUACACUGGUUUGCGCCAAACUGGGAACCGGCCAGGUAGCGCCCUCUUUGAUCCUCUGCCUGCCGUCACAGAAUCCACCACCAAUGUAUCAUCAGCAGACGUUGCUCCUGUAACGACGCACCCGAUGCCAGAAGAGACCAUCUACGAAGUAAGACCCUCGCUGGUUGCAAAGAGUCGCAGGGACCAAGAUAUGACCAGUGGCUACAUCGAAAAUGAUACGACGAAUUCGAUGUCGCGGGUUGUCCAGGGAUGUGAGAUCGAUAUGGACAGUGCGACAAGUAGUGUCAUGUACCACCCUGAUGUCGAUGACGAUGAACCUUACGACGAGGAGGAAUACGAUUAUCCCUAUGCUGAUAAUGCCAAGAUUAGAAUGGGUUUGGAUCGUUUUCAGACAAAGAGGUCGCGACCCGGUGCGCACGAACACGACAAUUCCAUCUACGCGGUGGUUCUGGACAAUGAAAAGCCAUUGCACUGUGAGCAUAAUGGGGAGUAUGAACGCGAGAACAAUUGCAGUCGCGAAAGUGAUAUCCUUGCAGACGCAGGCAGUCAUGGAAGAACCCACACCGAUCCUUUACCUCUUCCAUCCCACCAUGCAAACCCACCUUCCGAUGGUACUUACACAGCUUUGAUUGCAGGAACACGACUACCUGGAAACGAACCCUCAUUUCCAGAAAGAACUCCUGGUAGUGGCUGCUCUACCGCACCUGCCCCCAUUGCUUUGACAAGGAAACCGUCAUUGGGCGUCACCCCAUCUGUCAGACCAAGGGCAUCACCAGUUGUAAGACCCAUUGGUACUUCUACCUCAAUGCGCCCCCGUGGUAUGAGUGACAUACCUCGCAACUCAUACGCAACACAAAACAAAUUCGUGCAAUCUCGUCCUAAAGACAUUAUAAGUCAAGUUGAUUCGAAUGGCUAUACUACUGCAAUUCGAGCAUUCGCUUCGAUGCGGCAACCGCGCCGCCUGGCGACGAAACGAAAAUCUAGACCUUCUGUUGAAUUUCGUCCUUCCAUUGAAGCCCGGCAAACGCCAAGUCCUAUGAUACCUCCAAGACUGAGCGAAUCAUCGGACAUCCCACCGCUGUCACCGGACCCUACGGCUGACCAUAGCAUGAAAACAAAGCUUCUUCAAGCUACGUCUUCCGAUCCUAGGUAUGUCAACGGGUGUAUCAUCUCUCCAAAACAAAAACCAAGGGAUAGAACUCGAUCAAGAACACCCGCAAUGCUUCGAAGAGCAAAGAAUGUGCUUCCACUACCGACGUCAAAGGAUGACGAAGGGAACGAGAAACUAUAUGAUGAUAUUUUGCCGUUUGGUGAUGAAGAUAGGAUUAUCUAAGUACUUUUGCUGCCUUUUCAAAUUAUCCAUAUAUCGGCAAGUCUUUUUUUUUCAAAUAGCAAAAGCUAUUCUGAUUUAUACAAUUUAAAGUCGGUUUUUUUUUUCGAUAACCAUUUUUUCGAAGUAACUUAACAUAGUCUGAUGGCAUUCCGAUAUUCUUGUGUAUGCCUUAAGUUUUUAUGUAACAUUCCACAAAGAGGAGGGUCACAAUCUAAAGGGGUUGAUGAAAUUCAACUGUUACCAUGAAUACUGACAGAGAGACACUCAGAUUUGAUUAUAUUUUUCCAAUUUAUUUAAUAAAGCAAUACUUAUUUCCUAUAUUUUAACAUUUUUAUAUGAAAGAUUUCGUAGUUUAAUUUUAUUAAUUUAGGUAUAAUUCCAGAAUUGUAGCGAUGAACAAAAUACCUUAAACUUUUAAAGGCCACGUCGAAAUCACAAAAUAGACUGUAUUUCAUUAAGAGCUAUGACGAAGCAGAAUAAAACUGCAAAUUGCAUGUAUUUUCACUGCUUACUUGCUGACUAUAUAGGCCGGUGAUGAAUUCAAUAAAGCCCAUUUUCGAUGAACACUUCUUUUUCUGAAGCAAAAUUUAUACUUGGCCGUAAGCUGCGGAAAUACACAGGCUAAUUGUAUUUCGUUGCCUAUUCGCUUUUCAUUGGCGUACAUCUUUUUUAUUCAACCUUUCGCUUACGAUGAUGUCUCUAUAAACAUAUAAGCAACUACCAUGUGUAAUAAAAUAUGAUUGACUACCAUAUGCAUAAACUUGCCGAAGAUAUGAUAUAUUUGCUUGCUGACAUGUCUACAGAAUAAAAAUGCGGUUUCUUGACUUCCUAUCUAUUUAACUUAUUGAACAAAAUUGUAAAUAAUUGAAUAUGUGGAUAUAAUAAAAUACUACAUGAAUAAAGAUACAUAUGACUACUGAAACCCUUCUUUGUAUCUAGCCCCGUAUAUUUUGUAAGAAUUGAAAACAGUGAUAUAGAACCAAAAAGGGGUCACCAGUCGUACGCAUAAUCGAGUGUAACCCACGAACAUGCAGCUUCAUGACCAGAUUGAUAUUACAAUUGGAAACUUCUUCUUUUUAGGGGAUAUUAAGCAGUGUUAGUAAUACUACCGAUAGCAAUGUAAUGAUGGCAGCAAUGAGUUUUGUACAAUACAGCAAGAGAAACUGCUCUUUAAUACUUUUCACGUUUAAAGUAAUUCUUGAAUAAAUGAUAUAAGAUAUGAUACAGUGGACAAGUAUUAAGUUAAAGGCAGUUAUUUUUUUCAAUUCGGUUCUUGAUUCAUGUUUUUACCCCGCUAUAAUGGUAACUCUAACAUGCUGUACAUAAGUAUAUAUAUAUAUCCAGAUACUGUUUUAAAUUAUCUUAUAGACAACCUUCUAAAAUAGAAUCAGCUGCAUAAUAUAAAAAUAGCGCAAUUAAAUUGAAUACUUUGUUUUAAUAAAAAUAUAAUUUGCCAAGAAUAUCCC